AGACAGACCAUGGUGUUGUUGUCGGGCCGUUUGUUUGUACCACUUGGGAGCGGCGUUCCAUUGAAAUCUCUGUGUUGCGGGUUGUCUCUGUUGUUCCAGUUACGGUAGUUAGUCUACUAGCGUCAAGACAAGAGACCACCAGUGCGAGUGCUCUAUUAUUGGAGCCUGCCUUGGACCAGGAAAUAGAAGAAAGCGCUAGCUAUCACAAGUUUCUGUCUCGAUCGAGGAGGCCGAAUUCGUUAGUCUAUUCAUUCUACAAAAGAAAAGAGUGGAGGGGAAAGUUCAGUCUAGCUAGUUGACGAUGCCGUCUUACUUUGACAAUCUGCGAGACGAAGAGUACCAUCCCAGCGGCAGUCGUAGUAGAAGUCGCAGUCGCAAUACAUGUAAUGAUGGCAGUGAUCAAGAGUACUUGGACGAAUCGUACGAUCGGUUCAGUGAUGAACCCGACUCUCGUGACUCUGGCGGAAGAGGCCCUCAGGCGCCAUACACGUCUUCUUCUACUAGUCGAGAGUACGGAACUACUACUACUACUUCGAACAAGAAGAAGAAGAAGAAGAAGAAACCCAGUCAAACGUCUUCGUCGGAUGAACAUGAUUACACAAGUUCCACGACGAGUGCCAUGAGUUACAGUCGAUCGUCUUCCAGCAAUCCAAACAACAAUAACGGUGGGAAUGACAUUUACGCGGCAUACACCAAGAAUAAAGAGAAGAAGAAUGAUCUGUUCGAAGCGUAUCGAAAGCUGGCAGUCAUCCACACUGGGAAUCCAAACUCCAACGGGCGAGCCAGCACCACGAUCACCAGGAGUACUACUACUGGCAGUGGAAACCAAACCACCAUCACUAGCAACCAUGAUGAAGAAGAACAUGCCAGUGCCAGUACUCAAUUGAGUACAGAAGAAGAGGAACAUUCACAACUACAACACUCCACAGAACCACUCCACAAAGGACCUACCAACAUGAGAAUUGACACAAGUGCCAACAAUAGCUCGGCUGCGACUUCCAGCAAGAAGAAACAAAAACAAACCAAGCAAAAGACACCUCCAUCAUCAACAUCAUCAUCCACACUGGCACCGGACUAUGGAGCUCCAGAGUUCCCACCUCCCACAGCAGCAACAGCAGCACCACCCAAGACCAAGAGAAAAACCAUCAAAAAGAAAGCUAGCACUGUCAGUACGGCCAGUCGCUCUGGUACGGGAGGAAAAUCACCUUCUCCUGUACUGCAACGGCCUCAAGAGCCAACGCAGCAGCAGGAUGACGACACGCUCUUGCACAGUAGUCACUCCGGUCCAAACAACAACAACAACAACACUACCAAAAAGAAGAAAAAGAAACAAACCAAACAGCAACAACAACCAAAGCCCCAAGACCCUCCGACGUCGCCUCCGAAACCCACUCAUUACGUUCGUGUCACGGACUACGAACAGCCUAAAAGACCCAGCAAAGCACAAUCGCAGCAACAUCUUCUUCAUGACACUAGCAAUUCCACACCACCUCCACAAAUAUAUGCGCCGGCACAGCAAGACAACAGCAACAAUCAGAGCCCCAUUCCACCACUCGCAAAGAUCGAAGACGAGAGUAGCCGCAACACGGGACCUGUCAUUCCACCACAUCCUCCCCUGGGCGUCGUACACAGUCCCGUCAAAACACCGCACCCGCCCUCACAAAUACGAUGGGCCAGCAACUCGUACCAGUAUCAGUCGCAACAAUCCAUGACACAUCAACAACAACAUCCACCCAUUGGAAUGGUCGAACAGGCGCCACCACGGCUUCGUGGUCCCCAAGAAUCCGUCAGCACCAUUGACAACGAGGACCUCGCUAGUCUAGACCCAAAAAACUUUCAACUCAAGAGUUCGCUCGAUCGAGGAUCCAUAAAAGAUGUCGCUCACUACAGUAGACGAAUGGAUGUAGUCAAGGAAAAUCUCAGACGAAACAUUACCAUUGAAGAACCAUCCGAGAAAAGUGGAAUCGACAACAGCAAGAACAAGGAAAAGAGAAAGACUGUCAAACGCGGCGUGAAAAAGGAUAGCAGCAGAAAGAGCGUCGCCGAUGAUGCAUCCUCGUCGGAAUCCAGUAAAUCCUCCAAGGGUGGAAUCAUGGCAUUCCUAUCCACAUUCAAGGGACAUCCCAAAGCCAGAGAAAGAGAUCACCUCACCGAAAGUGAACGAAGGGCUCGUGACAAUCCGUUCUUGAAUCGGCCCACCGGGAUCAAACUUUCUAACACCGUCGGUCUACACAAAAAGGAACGCAAAGGCCAUGACUUGGACGGAUCGUCGCGGAGUGGAAGUUCAUCCAGUCGCAGUCGAUCCAUGGCCACUCAUUCCCUCGCUGGAACCAGCUAUUCCUCCUACGAGAAAACCUUGCAAGAAAAGUACUGUCCGCUACCAACACCCGUCAAGAAGAUUCAACAAUUCUGUGGCAAAAUUGUCACCAACACCAACUUUCAAGUCUUUAUGAUCUUUCUCAUCAUGUUGAAUGCACUCGUGCUAGGUAUUGCCACAUACGAAUUCGAAAACCCAAAAGUGCCAGAAGUUUUGGAUUACAUCGACAAGGUACUGUUGGUCAUUUUCACCGUGGAACUCGCACUGCAAUUUGGAUAUUGUGGAGUCACGCUCUUUCUGGACGGAUGGCUUGUCUUUGAUACACUCACCGUCGUGACCAGUUGGUGGCUGGAAGGAGUACAAGUCUUUCGGUCCUUUCGCAUUUUCCGAUCCUUUCGAUUGAUUGUUCGAUUGCCAUUGCUCAAGAACUUGGUCUUGACCGUAUUUCACGUCAUGCCAAGAAUCUAUUCCAUUUUGGGAUUGCUUCUGCUCAUCUUGUACGUCUACGGUGUCCUCUGUACCAUUCUGUUUGGAGACAUGUACGAAUUGGGAUUGACCGACAAGAAUUAUUUCAGUCGGCUCGAUUAUUCCGUUUUUACAUUAUUCCAAAUGGUGACGCUGGAAGGUUGGGGUGAUAUCGUCCGUCAAGUGCGAGCUGUCCAUUCGAGUAUCGCCACCAUGAUCUUUUCGUCAUUCAUCAUUUUUACCGGAUUCAUCAUGUACAACUUGAUUGUUGCCGUCAUGUGCGAUUCGAUGCUUGUCAUUGAAGCCCAAGGACGAGAAGAAAUUCGACAGCAGCAGCAAGAAAAGAAACGAUUGGCCGAAUCGGCCAAGGAAGAAGAGGAAAAGAGAAUUAUCGAUGAAAUGCUGCGGCAGAGAAAGGAGGACGGAAUUCGCCGACGACGCCUCCUUGGUCUCGUCGGGGAAGAUUCCACCGUGAGCUAUCACGAGAGCACCACUCAUCGGUCCGGUCACGAGCACGAUGAGCCAAGCUGGGAACACAUGUCAGAUGUGGAAGAAGAAGAGGAGGAAGACGAAGAUGAGAUCGAGUGGAGGGAAGUCAUGUGCGAGCAUUGCGAGGGUUUCUUUGAAAUCCACAAAUAUCCACCGUCCGUUCGAAGACGAAACAUGUUGCGGGAUGAGUUGAUGGCGAAGAAUCAAGAGCGUAUUGGUCAAUUGCAACAAAAGGUGGCACAAAUGGCCGAAACGCAGCAGCGAGUUACGGCCGUGCUGCAAACGCUCAUGCAUGAAAUUGAAGCGAGCCGAAUGAGGGCAAUGAACGAUGGCAGUGCCAUGAUGCUCAUGGGGGAUACCAGCAUUGGCGAGGAUACGCAUAACGAGGAAGAGCGAGUGCGGUUGGGGAAGGAUCAGUGAGAUCGCAUGAAGUUGACGGUGAAGUUGGUUGGGACAAAAUCUUCACCCUGUACGAGUACAUAUUAGACAUGACAAAAUGCUUGUCCUCGCGCCUUGCUGCAAUUCCUUCCAAGCCUCGUGCCUGACUAGAAAAAACCUGUUGCCACCUCUUGCCGUCCGGGAGUGACCAUCGUGCAGUGCAUCAGGAUCACGGCAUGGCAAAAUUUUCUGCGGCAGCUUGUGUUGCUUGCUUGAAGGGCUUCAAAGCUCCCGCGCGGUGUAUGCCUACAUUUUCAGUAUCCAAUAGGGUAACAUGCAUAUACUUGAUUGUACACUGAUUCAUAACAGACGCCUGCCAUAUUUUACAAC